AUGUUACGCACUUCAUUAUUGAUUUCAUCAUCCAUUGUUCGACGUUUAGCUGUUGCUAAUACUGCCACUAAUGUUCAAACAUCAUCAACACUAAAGUCAGAAAAACGUCCACAAAUAAAAGUCGCACUAUGUUUACAACGUUACAUACAUUUAUCACCUGAAAUGACUCAAUUAGAAAAGGAUUAUACAAAUUUAAUAACACAAUUAGAAACCGAACAUAGCUAUUUAUCAGAUCAUGAAUUACGACAUAAAAGUGAACUUGAACUUGCUAAACAACGUCAAAGUUCAGCAACAAGUACAGCUGCAGCAGUUAAUAUUGUUGAAACAGCUGUUGACUUAGAAGACCGUUUAGCAAAAGAAUUUGAAAGUUUUCAAUUCAUGCCACGAGAAACAGAGGAUGAUAAAACAAAUAAUCUUCAUAGUCAAAAUCGAAAAUUAGAUCAAAAUUUGUUAUUAGUUGUACAACGAAAGAAUUCUGAAUCCGGCAAAGAUGAAUGGAUUUUCCCGGAAAAAAUCUACGAUGGUGAACCAUCUUUAAGAGCAGCAGUUGACCAAAUCAUUUCAACAUGUGGAAACCUCCAUGUACAAAUAUCUGGUAAUGCACCAUUAGCUUAUUAUAAAAAUGAUUCAGAUUCAUCGUCUAAAAAGAUUUUCUUUUACAAAGGUGAAUAUCUUGCAGGUGUUAUUAAACAAUUUUCUACUCUGAAAGCAACGCCUUAUAAAGAUCAUGCUUGGAUUACUCAUGAAGAUGCUCCUAAAUAUUUGUCACCAUCAUAUUAUAAAGCUGUUAAAGAUAUGUUGUUUGUGUUUUAA